CCAAAACACAAUGUCAAAUGUCAAUCCAGAACACAAUGUCAAAUAUCAAUCAAAACUGAUUUGGAAUCAACUGGAUAAUUUUUAAUUAAUCAAUUUUUCAUUUUUCCAUAUUCAGUACCCAAACUACGAAUAAGUGGAAUCAUGAGUGAUUUAUCAAAUGAUAUUGAAACUCUCAGAUUAUGGCGAGAAAACAACGAUAGAAAAAGUAGAGAAACUAUUAACAUGUGGAAUGAGACAUUAGGAAAGAAUAUUGAUAAAUUAGGAAAAGAAACCCAUGUUAUUCUUGAGCAAGUAUGCUUGGCCGCUCUAGACUUUUACAAUGUAGACAUUGCCCAAAAAUGUAUUUGGCGGUUAUAUAAAGAGUUUCCUGAUAGUUUGAGGGUUAAAAAGCUUGAAGCCAUGUAUCAUGAAGCUAGUGAGAAUUAUGAAAAAGCCUUGAGUAUCAUUAAUGAAAUAAUUAAAGCUGACCCCACUAACAGUGCUGCUCGUAAAAGGAAAGUUGCUGUACUGAAAGCUCAAAACAAGAUACCAGAGGCUAUUAAAGAGCUGGUUGACUAUUUGAAGAUAUUUAUGGUUGAUGCUGAAGCUUGGCAAGAAUUGAGUGAACUUUAUCUCACUGAGAAUGAUUAUAACAAAGCUGCAUUUUGUAUUGAAGAGCUUCUUUUGCAUAAUCCCCAUAAUCAUCUUUUACAUCAAAGAUUGGCUGAUAUCAGAUAUACACAAGGAGGCUUUGAAAAUUUGGAAUUAGCCAGAGCCUACUAUUGUCAGGCUGUUAAAUUGAACCCUAAGAAUUUAAGGGCGCUUCUGGGUCUUCACAUGACUGUUUCAAACCUUCAAUAUGCCCCUCGAAGUACCCCACAGAAGAAAAAAGAAAACCAGCAGUUAUCUCAAUGGGCUUUAGAAGAAAUCAGGAAAAUGUAUAGCAAAGAAACUGCAGUUGAGAGCCUAGAGGACAGAUUGUCAGCCCUUCAACUGUGAUAAUUAUAAACAAAUCCAGUUCGAGUUCAACCGCAUUUAUUUAGUGUAAAGUGAUACUUUGUUUCUCAAUGUUGUUUUCUGUGUAAUAUAUUGAAUGGAGAAUAUUAA